AUGAAAUCUUUCAUUCCUCGAUCCAAAAAGUUCUAUACCACGUCCCCUUCUCGUCCGGUAUCUUCCAAAUCACCUUUGAUCCAGCGCUAUGCUCCAUCCCUCCACAGCCUCUCCGUGAAGACUGGUGUACCACUACCAUCAUUGGUAUUGUCCUUUAUGGUGUUACAUGAGAUAACAGCUAUAUUACCUAUUUUUCUAAUUUACUGGAUAUUCUCAACGUUAGGUGUAGGAUUGGGUAUGGUCCGGUGGAUAAUGGAUGUGGGACAUCUCGAUGUAGACGAUUCGACUUCAACGCAAGAAUCAGGGGAGGAUAGGUCGGUGAUUAAAAGGUGGAUAAGAGAUUGGUAUGUUGAGGGUGAAAAUAGGAUUGGAAAGAUUGGAAAGAGAUAUGGGAUAUUUGGAUACACGAAGGUUGAUAAGGAUAAAAACAAUGAAGAUCAAGAUGGAAUUGCACAAGAAGUAAAAGUGGUAGAUGCUAGAUCUGGAUCUGGUGCAGCUUCGAAAGUGGCCGACGCUAUCGCUGCUUAUGUGGUAGUCAAGGCACUUUUACCACUUCGUAUAGCAGCUUCUUUAGGACUUUCGCCCACUUUCGCUAGAUAUACUUUAGUCCCUUUACAGAAUGUCUUUAAGAGAUUUAGACGGUAG